CUGGAAGGUUCUCUGAUUCUCUCUAUCAGAUCAGAGAAGGGCAAAAAAAAAAAAAAACUUAACCGGAAGCGCCGUAUCCCUCUCGUCGGCAGCGGCGCGGCGGCGAGACGAGCCGAGGGCGCCAGGCGGAGCCAUUGGACCCGGCUUCAUCCACCGGAGAUGGAAGCAAAUCAGCCACAAGGAUUUGGAGUUGAACAGAAGUCAGGACCAGAGCAAACUGAUGAGAUGCUAGGAUCACAGGUUAACCAAAAGUUCACGGAAAUGUCCCUAGACGACGCUGCUGUGGAAGCUGGCAUUUUUCAAGAAAAGCAAGAUGAUCCAGAGGCAAGAUUGGAGGUUCAUCAGAAGUUUGCUGAAAUGUGCCUAGACACUGCUAUGGGAACUGAUAUUAACCAAGAAAAGCAAUCUGAUCAAGAGGCAAGAUCGGAGGCUGAUCAAAAACCUGCAGAAACUAUCAGGCAGUGCACAGUUGUGGAAUCCAAUGUUAAGCCAGAAGAGCAGCAGGCUGCUGCUAAUCCAGGUGUCAUUUACCGCUGCAAAAAGUGUCGGAGGAUGGUAGCAACACAAGAGUACGUCGUCACGCACGAGGUAGGCCUAGGAGAGGCAGGCUUCUUAAAGCGCAGAAACGAUGCGGAUGAGAAGAAGCCUGAAUGCAGUGCCUGCAUCUUCGUGGAGCCCAUGAAGUGGAUGCAGGCUGUGGAAGAGGGGUACGUUUCGAACAAGCUGUGGUGCAUGGGAUGCAAGACCCGGCUGGGAUCGUUCGACUGGGCAGGCAUGCAGUGCUGCUGCGGAGCGUGGGUGAUCCCGGCUUUCCAGCUGCUCAAGAGCAGGAUCGACGAGUCUCACAUGUGAUUUUACUCGGCCAAGUGGCCUUGCCAUUGCUGGGCGAGUUAGUGGUUAGCGGUGAUACUGCAGCAGCAUAUGUAGGAACUAGGAACUGAUACUGUCAGAUUUGUUUCUCUGUAUAAAGUGCGCUUAUCUUGUCCACCACAUCA